AUGAUGCAAGAUUUGAACCCAGCUGAUUAUCUAAAACAAGCCAGCCUUACGGCUGGUGUGGUCGGGGCUUGUUGGUUGCUGGCGGAUUGGAUGGAUUUUGGAGCUAAGGAGAUCGGCGACGGGUCGGUGGUCGGGAUUUGUAGGGAUGAGAACAUUUUGGGUUUUGUAAUGAAAGGCAAGAAUCCUAGUGAACUGGGGUUUAAAGAAAAAGAGAACAACUUUGAAUUAGAAUCAUCAAGAAUUCAGAAGGAUCUAGAGUCAGAAUUGGGUUCUUUUGAUUUUGAUAUUCUUGAAUUGAAAGAUGGUGAAAGGAAGGGAAAGGAGAAGCAAGAUUUGGCUGCAGUUGAAGAUGGAACCAAGGUUGAGAAGGAGAGAAAGCAGACAAGAAACGGAAGGAGAGGGAAGCAAGUGAUUAAAAGGUCGAGUAUUUUGGCAAAGCAAGUGAUUAGCAUUCAAUCUGCACUUAGUUUGGGUUUUGUUUCUCAAAUUUGGGUUGACGCUAAAUCUCUUGUUAUCAACCAAACUUCUCGUGUAUCUUUGACAAGCACAUCAGAUGAUGAUGAAGAUUUGCAACCCUCCUCUGCUAGUCCAAGGAUCCUGAUGACAAAGGACUAUUCUGUUGAAGGAGGUUUGUUGAUUUUCCUAGUGGCAUGUUCCCUAGCUCAAGAUAUCCAGAGCGCUUCUGCAACUGAUCUGAAGCCAAUUGAAACCCAGGAACUCGAGGCCAAUUCCCUUAACUGCUGUUCGAAGCUCUCCAUGAAUCAAUCAAUUAACUCUGAUCCUGAGAUUAACACGCUCCUUUCUGAUUUUUGUGUUGUCGGAAAAAGAGCUCCUUCUGGUAAUUCUCCUGGUAAACUCUCUCGAGAAAACACAGAGGAUUCUAUCUCAAUUGAGGCUGUAGAAACUUGGAUAUCCUUUUGGAUUGUGUGGGUGGUGUUAGUUGUUGAAGUAAGGCCAAACUUGCUUUCUGGAGAAUCAGAGAGGUUUCUUCUAGAGGACGUUAGCCAGGUUGGGGAUGUAGUACUUGUUGAGGAUGAGAAUGUGAUGGAUAAUGAAUUAAAAAUGAUUGGCCUGGAAACGUUGGUAGGAUAUAGAGUUGUGACACCAGGUCAACGAGACAUUGGAAAGGUGCGAGGGUACUCUUUCAACAUUAAUUCUGGGGCAGUGGAGUCACUUGAGCUUGAUUCAUUUGGGAUUUCGAUCAUUCCGUCUAGUUUGGUGAGUACCUAUGCUUUACGUGUUGAGGAUGUGCUUGAAGUUUUAUCAGACACAGUUGUUGUGCAUGAGUCUGCUGCCUCACACAUACAGAGGCUAACAAAGGGUUUCUGGGAUGCUCAGAAUGUGGGGAUAAAAAUAGAUGAUGGCGAAGAGUAUGCUGAUUAUGAAAGUUCUGUUACAUCUCAUCGUGAUCAAAGCACACGAAGAAGUUCUAGAAGCAGGAAAUUUCGUCCAAAAAUAAGAGAAAGGGAGGAUGAUUGGGAACUCCCAAUGGAUUACUUGUGA